GGCGGAUCUUCGCGUUGAUUUUGCGGCUCUUCUGUGGACACACAGUUUCCCGAACGGAAGUAAACACACACACACUGACACUGGAGGAAUUAGCCAAGCGAAGUUAAACUCUGUCUUCCAUAAAACAGAAGAACCCGGCUUUUUUUUCCCUCUUUUUCUCGGGGCUUCAUCGGAGCAAACAUGUACCGCGUGCGGGCGUUGACAGCAGUCUCAGUCGGGAUGGUGCAGUGUUCACGCCGCAUGCACAGUGGCAGCGCGCGCUCUCCUCAGCACCGCAGACUGCUGCUGGCCGCUCUCGCAGGAGUGACGGGCAUCUCCGCGACUGCAGGACUCCUCUGGACAAAGGCGUAUGCCGAGGCAGCCUCGUCGGUCAAGCUCGAGGAGGAGCUGCGUGAAGAGGACGCACAGAAAGACACGGACGCAGAGUCCGACAGCGUGGUGGAGUCCGGCAGCAGCAACGAGGAAGAUGAGGAGGGCGAGAGCUCGGAGGGCAAGAAGAAGAAACAGAGAGUUGGCUUCCGUGACCGUAAGGUGAUGGAGUACGAGAACCGUAUCCGAGCCUACUCCACCCCUGACAAGAUCUUCCGCUACUUCGCCACCCUGAAGGUCAUCAGCGAGCACGGAGACCCCGAGGUGUACAUGACGCCACAGGACUUCAUCCGCUCCAUCACACCUAACGAGAAGCAGCCAGAGAACCUAGGUCUGGAUCAGUUUGUGGUGAAGCGCUAUGAUGGAAAGAAGAUUUCUCAAGAGCGGGAGAAGUUUGCCGAUGAAGACAGCAUCUUCUAUACACUCGGGGAGUGCGGCCUCAUUUCCUUCUCUGACUACAUAUUCCUCACCACCGUUCUCUCCACGCCUCAGAGAAACUUUGAGAUCGCCUUCAAGAUGUUUGAUUUAAACGGGGAUGGCGAGGUGGACCUGGAGGAGUUUGAGCAGGUGCAGAGUAUAAUCCGUUCUCAGACCAGCAUGGGCAUGAGGCACAGGGAUCGCUCCACCACGGGCAACACUCUGAGGACAACCGGCUGCAGCUCGGCUCUCACGACCUACUUUUUCGGGGCCGACCUGAAGGGCAAACUGACCAUCGGCAGCUUCCUCGAGUUCCAAAGGAAACUGCAACACGAUGUUCUCAAGCUUGAGUUUGAGAGGAAUGACCCAGUUGAUGGCAGGAUCACAGAGAGGCAGUUUGGGGGCAUGCUGCUGGCCUACAGCGGCGUUCAGUCGCGCAAACUCAAACUGAUGCAAAAAGGCCUGAAGAAGAUGUUCAAAGACGCGCAGGGCAUCACGUUUGAAGAAGUGGAGAAUUUUUUCACGUUUCUGAAGAAUGUGAAUGACGUGGACACGGCACUGAGUUUCUACCACAUGGCGGGUGCUUCUAUAGACAAAGCCACAAUGAAGCAAGUGGCUCGCACUGUAGCCAAGGUGGAGCUGUCUGACCACGUGUGUGACGUGGUUUUCGCCUUAUUCGAUUGCGACGGUAACGGCGAGCUCUCGAACAAGGAGUUCAUAUCCAUCAUGAAGCAGAGGCUGAUGCGGGGACUUGAGAAGCCCAAGGACAUGGGCUUCACCCGCCUGGUGCGUGCUAUGUGGAAGUGUGCGCAGGACACAGCGUGGGACUUUGCCAUGCCUAAACAGCAGUAGCAGGGUAUAGAGAGAGAGAGAGAGAGAGAGAGAGAGGGUGAAAAAAAAAAUGAGAGAGAGAAAGAAAGACGGAGCGCAGCUUCGUCUGCAGCCAACUAAAUUAAGAAAUGAACUUAAGAUGUCAUGUAAUAAAUCGUGCACAUGCUGUAGUGGCCAGUGCUGCUGCAUGAGGUAACUGCUGCAGUGCGUGUGUGAAACAGAGAGUCUGCCACAUCUGUAGCAUAUGUGCAAAUAUCACAGGAUGUUUACCAAUACUGAGAAAAGGUCAUGGGGGGGUUGAUUGUGGGGCUCUUGCACAGUGGCUUAGUGGUUAGUACGUUUUGGGGUUUGAAAACGUACUAACCUCCCCGUUUAUGCAGUGUUUGCAUGUUCUCCCCAUGUUUUGGGGGUUUCCUCUGGGUACUCCAGUUCCCUCACCAGUCCAAAGACAUGCAUUGUAGGCUGAUUGGUGUUUCCAAAUUGUCCAUAGUGUGUGAAUGUGCGUGCGAGGGUGCCCUGUGAUGGGUUGGCACCCCGUCCAGGGUGUCCCCCGCCUUGUGCCCCGAGUUCACUGGCAUAGGCUCCAGGCUCCCCCGCGACCCUGUGUAGGAUAAGCGGUGCAGAAAAUGGAUGUUUUGCUUUAGUGUUCAACAGUUAUUAAAAAAAAAAAAAAAAAACUGUUAAAACACUCUCAUCCUUCAUUGCAACAGAGCGUAAGAGUUUUUGCAUUGAACUUAGGGUUAUACAGUAAUAGUUGCAUACUCAAAACACUUACUGAUUCAGUAACUACUGGAUGAAGGUUGGAGUUUUAAACAGGUUUCAAUUCUUUUCUUAGUACAGGAAAACAUGUCUGUUCUUUUCCUAUAGCGCAUGCCUCAGAUGUGUUAGAAAAUGCUGGAGUUCUACUUUAAGGGGAUUGUGGGAUGUUUUGCAUGCAUUUUUGACUGAAAUGCACUGAAACAGCAGAUUUACUCUGAAAAAGGUCUUUUAUCAGAGCUCUCUGCCUCCUUACAUAUCAAAACAUGUACUUUUAAAG